AUGACGGAUUGCAAGAGGAUGUUGGACAAAGGCAAGGAAAUGACUCAGAAUGGGCUCUUCCAGGUCUCAGCGGGUUCAGGCUACAAAAUCAUCGUCCCAAGCCGCUUCGCCGAUGAACUCCGCAACAACGAGACACUUUCCUUCAGCGAAGUCACGAGAAAAGGAUUCUACGGCGACCCCCCAGGAUUCGACAGCAUGAAGGAAGCCAGUCGGGCAGAUAACCUCACAGUCGACAUGGUCCGGACUAAACUAACGCAGGCUCUCGGUCUGGUUACCGACGACAUUGUGGAUGAAGCCACAUAUGCCAUUGACAAGUGGUUUGGAGAGUCUCUCGAUUGGAGAACACAUCGGAUCAAGCCGACGCUUUGUGAUGUGGUUGCGAGAGUUUCUACUAGAAUUUUGGCCGGGAAGGGGUUGGCGCGCGAUGAGGAGUAUUUGGAGAUCGCUAAACAGAACACUAUUGAUACGUUUACUGCCGCCCAGUUGUUGCACGGAUAUCCUGGUCUCGUAAGGCCGUUGGUGCAUUGGUUCAUACCGCAAUGCCAGAAUCUGCGAAGACAGGCAGCAAAGGCUAGGAGCCUUUUGACACCCAUACUACAGCAGCGCUCAGUCGAUGGACAAGAACUUAAGCGAACAGGCAAGGUCACCGAUGCGUUCACAUGGAUGGAACAGACAGCAACGGGGCGGCCAGUAAAUCAUGUUGAAGGACAACUGAAUAUGAGUUUGGCUGCAAUCCAUACCGCCACCGCUACGUCGUUACUUGUCCUUGAUGUGAUCUAG